AUGAAACCUUUCACCCAUUUACUUGGAUCUCUUCUGGGCAGAUCCUUCGUAGUGGAUGACGCUGGAGGCCUGAAUGAUAUGUGUUGUAAAGCCAUCGAAAGUGCUGGUUUGACCCACGUCCUUUAUGCAAACGACGAGCAAUAUUCGAAUCGCAUCUCAUCGUACUGGUCAGUCAGCGCACAAUUGACCCCCAAUUGUAUCGUACAGCCACUCUCGACUGAGGAGGUUACCAGGGUAGUCAAGACUCUUGUAGCAGAUGCAGACUGUAGGCAGACCCAAUUUGCGAUCCGUAGCGGAGGUCAUAGUACAUGGGCAGGUUCGAACAAUAUCCAAGAUGGGGUUACCAUCGAUCUUGGACUCAUGAACACCACCACCUUUGAUCCAGACACCAGUAUUGCUUCGAUCGAGCCUGGUUCGCGAUGGGGUCAAGUCUAUGCCACCCUCGACCCAUUGGGCGUCACAGUAGCGGGCGGCCGAGCGGGUACCGUUGGUGUGGCAGGUUUUUUAACAGGAGGGGGGAAUUCGUUCUACACCGCACAGCAAGGCUUCGCUUGCGAUAAUGUGAGAAGUUUUGAGAUUGUGCUUGCCGAUGGAGAAGUGAUCAAUGCGAAUGCGAACGAAAACAGCGACCUGUUCCAAGUUCUGAAAGGCGGCUCAGGAGCUAACUUCGGCAUAGUCACAAAGUUCGAUGUGCAGGCGUUCGAGGCUGGCAAUUUAUGGGGUGGCACGAUGAUUUACCCGAAGUCCGUCGGACAGCAACACAUCGAGGCAUAUCAUGCGUGGACCGAAAACGUCAACAAUUAUCCCGAGGGGUCGUCUAUUAUCUUCUGGAGCUACCAACCGGCUCUGGAGGAUAUUGUGAUUCUUGCUGCUUAUGAAGAUACUACAGGUAACGAGGCGCCGCCCGGAUUCGAUGGGUUCAUGGCGAUCCCAGACGCAAUAGCAUCUACGAUGAGGAUUGCGAGCCACAAAGCCCUGACAGACGAGCUUGAGCAGGCUGCAGGAUAUCGCAAUAUUUGGUUCACGUUGACGUUCAAGAACGACAUACGGAUUUACCAGAAGAUUGUUGAGCUCCACGAACAACUCGUAAAUGAAUGGAAAGCAGACAGUCCUGAUCCAAACUUCAUAACUCAAUGCAUGUUCCAGUCUAUUGCCACGAGCUUUUCUCAGCACAGCGUGGCAAAGGGAGGCAACGUUCUUGGUUUGAACAGAGAAAUGGACAAUGUCGUUAUGCUUCUAUACGACAUCGCUGUUAUGAGCCCCGAGUUGGAGGUGUUGGCAAGAGAGAAGCUCAGAAAAUCUGGAGAGGCAAUGAAACAGUAUGCAGCAAGCUUGAACGGUCUGAUUGACUGGACGUACAUGAACUAUGCCGAUAGCUACCAGAAUCCCCUAGGAAGUUAUGGCCUCGAGAACGUAGCAAAAAUCCGUGCCGCCGCCGCGAAGUACGAUCCCAAACAAGUUUUCCAAACUCGUGCACCAGGUGGCUUCAAGAUCUCUCAGCGUUUACCAGCGUGUGAUUCAGCAUUACUGAGAGCGGACGGGCGUGGCUGA